CAAGGUCAGACAAAUGGCUUCACUUUUCUGCAGCCUUUCCUCCUUCUGCUUGAUAUUGGUUUUUAUUAUCGAUUAUUUCAGUUGCGUUAGCUCACUGGAGCCAAGAGUCAAACCCAAGAGAAUUUCUGAGAGUAAUAAAUAUGAUCAGGAUCUGUGGCUCCAUCAGCCUCAAGAGAGACAUCAUCGGAAGUUAAGGAUGAGUAAGAGAGCCAGGAACCGUGGCGGCAUAUCAUCCUCAGCCUUCACGCCAUCUGAGGAGGCCGCUGCUACUGCACUGAGGAGGGACUCUAGUCUUGUAGAGUCACCAAGUGCUCUGAAACAAGACAAAGUAGAAGUCCAGCACUUUGAGUUUCCAUUUAAUCAAAGGGAAAACCAACCACCGGGGUACACGUCUAAAGGAAAGAAGCAUAACAGAGAGCACAGACGGUCCAGUCAGAAGGAUCGUGGGAAGCAUCAUAGUGCGAAAGGCUUUGAGGGGGAACCCAGUGGCCUUUUGAAAGAAGAUCUAAGCUUUAAGGAUCACACACUGUUCACCCAUCUGGAGGUAUCCUCAAGUGCACCGGUGACUUUUCUUCAUCUGAGUACGGCCAACCCGUUGUAUAUUAAUGAGCAGCCUACAGCAGUCCUGGAGACAUCUCGUCGCAUGAGGGCUCCUGGGAAGAAGGGAGGAGACGUCAUGCCAACUCUAGAUAUGACUUUAUUUGACUGGACAGAUUAUGAAGACCUGAAACCAGACUCAUGGCCAUCAGUGAAAAAGAAAGGGAAGCUGCAGGAUAAUUCACAUAACACAACAAAUGAAGAGGAGCCAUGUGAUCACCAUCUCGACUGCCUUCCAGGUUCUUGUUGUGAUUUAAGAGAACAUCUCUGCAAAGCUCACAAUCGAGGGCUAAAUAACAAGUGUUACGAUGACUGCAUGUGUGCCGAAGGCUUCCGCUGUUAUGCUAAAUUUCACCGCAAUCAAAGAGUGACCAGGAGAAAAGGACGCUGCGUGGAUCCAGAAACCAUCAACAGAGACCAGGGAUCUUUUAUUUCUGUCUAAAAAAUGUAUGGGUCCUGAUCUCGAUCAGUAUUUAAAACUGAAAUCUACAAACCGCUAAUCAACCAGUGUUAGCAUUUGUCAUUGUCACCCUGAGGAAGGACAUAUUUAUAUACAGACCGUGGUAUAAUACCAUUUUUCCAGCAGGUUGUGCACAGAUUUGUAGCCUGGGCAGAGACAUGCAAUUUAGCCUUGUACAAUGAAUAUUUAUUUAAUUGUGGGGAUGGGGAUCUGUAGUAUACAUAGUAACAGACAAUAACUGACAAUAACAACUUCUGGCUUAUUGUGUGCGUUGUAUUCUAGUUUAUCCAUCUCUAUAAAGGGGAGAUGUUAUGUAAAAUGAAUAAUACAGGGCUGCACACUGGAUACUGAGAUCAAUCAGUUCCUAAACAGCUCUGGAGUAUGUAUUUGUAUAAGCAACGACCUUAAAGGAGACAUAAAACUCAAGAUGGAAAUGAACAAAGAUGCAUUUUCCAACAGACAUGGGCCCUCAGUCAAACACAGCUCAGAGAGUAUAUAUUGCAUCAGUUAUGUAUCAUCACCAAUUAAUGACAAGCCACCAUCGCUCACUGAACUGCCAAAGUGUUUAAUUGAGGGUUGCGUGAGGCAUAUGUACAUAUGCCCCAUGAAAAGUAAAAGUUAUCAUGGCAACAUAAGUAUUGGGAAAAUGCAGUUGUCUCAAAUAUGGCAAUGCUAGAAUACAAUCUACAGAAGAUUAAACAGUACCUUAUAAGCUAGCGUUUUCGGUAGAGUACAAUGAAAAGGGCAAGAGUGUUACAUUCAGAAGAAAAGGAAGGCAGCGCAUGGAGUAGAGGGGGUUAAAAAGGGGACAGGGGUAAUAGGGAAUAGGGAUAAACAUGUAAUAUGUCUGUACACAGGUGACUAUGGAAGGGACAUGAUGAACAGCUGGUUAAUGUUGUUACUGCACUCUAAAACAGAAGACACUGUAGGGAACAAACAUAUAAAACAAAAAUAAUAUGCUGUUUCCAAUCACUGUCAUAAGAGGGCAGCACUGUCUAUAACAUAAAAUAAAAAUAAUAUGCUGUUUCCAAUCACUGUCAUAAGAGGGCAGCACUGUCUAUAACAGAUACAAUAAAAAUAAUAUGCUGUUUCCAAUCACUGACCUAAGGGGGCAGCACUGUCUAUAACAGAUACAAUAAAAAUAAUAUGCUGUUUCCAAUCACUGACAUAAGGGGCAGCACUGUCUAUAACAUAAAAUAAAAAUAAUAUGCUGUUUCCAAUCACUGACAUAAGGGGGCAGCACUGUCUAUAAAAGAUAUUAAGUAGAAACAUGACUUUUGGUAUUAGCUGUUAUGAGACAAAUAAUUACAUUUCAGGUACUGGUAAUAACGUUUAAUAAUAUGGAGGUCACCUGAUCACGAGUGAUGACAACAUCUGCGCCACAGAGGUCCAGGCCAGCUAUGCUGCAUUUUUAUACAUGUGUAGAGAUCUUACAGGGGCAUUAGGGUGGGAUUCCCCCAUCAUAUAGUAUUAUAGCACUGAGCUGACAGUAUGUGUAGAGACAAAUAAUGUGAUGUUACAGAGUCCUGGUAUGUCAUUUUGAAUGUAAAUAAAGUGUGGACAGUUA